ACAGCUCUGUGGAAGUUGUCAUGGAAGCUUUCUUCCCUUAGAUCACAGCAGGAUGAGGGCUCAGACUGUUGAGAUGGCUAGAGAUUCCGUUAAUAGAGCAGUAAGUACUAAAAAGAACUUGAAAGAUGAAAUUGAAUCUAUUUUGCGGGAGCGGAUUAUGGUUUUGGAUGGAGGCAUGGGGACCAUGAUCCAGCAACAUACAUUAUCAGAAGAGGACUUCCGAGGGCAAGAAUUUAAAGAUCAUCCCAAAUAUCUGAAAGGAAACAAUGACCUUUUGAGUAUAACUCAGCCUGAUAUAAUCUACAAAAUUCACAAGGAAUACUUGCUAUCUGGGGCGGAUAUCAUUGAAACAAACACUUUUAGCAGCACCAGAGUUGCACAAGCUGACUAUGACCUUGAGCAUCUGGUUUAUCAGUUAAACAAAGUCUCGGCACAGUUGGCCAGAAAAGCAGCUGAUGAUGUAACUGCUCAGACAGAGAAUAAGAGAUUUGUUGCUGGUGCGAUGGGUCCUACAAACAAGACUCUCUCUGUGUCUCCUUCGGUGGAAAGAUCAGACUACAGGAGCAUCACAUUUGAUGAGCUGGUUGAAGCAUACAAAGAACAAGCCCGAGGACUUUUAGAUGGAGGGGUUGAUAUCUUGUUAGUAGAAACCAUAUUUGAUACAGCCAAUGCCAAGGCAGCUCUCUUUGCUCUCCAGAAACUGUUUGAGGAAGAGUAUGAUCCCAGACCAAUAUUUGUUUCUGGAACUAUUGUAGAUAAGAGUGGACGCACUCUCUCUGGCCAGACAGGAGAGGCAUUUGUCAUAAGUGUAUCCCACAGUGAGCCACUUUGUAUUGGCUUAAACUGUGCAUUAGGAGCAGUUGAAAUGAGACCCUUCAUAGAAGCAAUUGGGAAGUGUACGACGGCCUACAUCAUCUGUUAUCCCAAUGCAGGUCUCCCCAAUGCCUUUGGAAGUUAUGACGAAACCCCUGAAGUGACUGCCAAGCAUAUAAAGAAUUUUGCUUUGGAUGGUUUGGUCAACAUAGUUGGAGGUUGCUGUGGUACCACUCCAGCACAUAUCAGGGAAAUUGCUGAAGCAGUGAAGACAUGUAAACCUCGCAUUCCCCCCUCCUCCAUUUCAGAAGGGUAUAUGCUGUUGUCAGGACUUGAGCCCUUCAGAAUUGGUCCUUACACCAACUUUGUUAACAUUGGUGAACGUUGCAAUGUGGCAGGAUCAAAGAAGUUUGCUAAACUCAUCAUGGCAGGCAACUAUGAAGAAGCUUUGAGUGUAGCCAAGGCCCAAGUUGAGAUGGGAGCCCAGAUUUUGGAUAUCAAUAUGGAUGAUGGAAUGCUGGAUGGGCCGAGCGCAAUGGCCAGAUUUUGUAACUUCAUUGGUUCGGAACCUGACAUUGCUAAGGUGCCAUUAUGCAUCGAUUCUUCAAAUUUCUCUGUAAUUGAAGCUGGCUUGAAGUGUUGCCAAGGGAAAUGCAUUGUGAACAGCAUCAGCCUGAAGGAAGGAGAAAAUGACUUCUUGGAAAAAGCAAGAAGGAUUAAGUUAUAUGGAGCAGCUGUGGUGGUCAUGGCUUUUGAUGAAGUGGGUCAAGCCACAGAAACAGAAACAAAAAUUGCAGUAUGCACCAGAGCUUACCACCUCCUUGUGAAGAAAGUGGGCUUCAAUCCAAAUGAUAUAAUCUUUGACCCCAAUAUUCUGACCAUAGGGACUGGAAUGGAAGAACAUAACCUGUAUGCAAUUAACUUCAUCAAUGCAGCUAAAACCAUCAAAGAAACACUACCAGGAGCUAAAAUAAGUGGAGGCCUUUCCAAUCUGUCCUUCUCCUUCCGGGGGAUGGAUGCCAUUCGGGAAGCAAUGCAUGGAGUUUUCCUGUACCAUGCAAUUAAGUAUGGCAUGGACAUGGGGAUUGUGAAUGCAGGGAAUCUUCCAGUGUAUGAUGAUAUUCACAAGGAACUUCUACAACUGUGUGAGAAUCUGAUCUGGAAUAAAGACCCAGAUGCAACAGAGAAGCUUUUACUUUAUGCCCAGACUCAUGCCCAAGGAGGAAAAAAAGUGGUACAGACUGAUGAAUGGCGGGAUAGCCUGGUGGAGGAAAGGCUGGAAUACUCACUUGUCAAGGGAAUUGAAAAAUAUGUCAUCGAGGAUACAGAAGAGGCAAGAUUAAACCAUAAAAAAUAUCCCAGACCUCUGAACAUAAUUGAAGGGCCCUUGAUGAAUGGCAUGAAAAUUGUUGGUGAUCUUUUCGGUGCUGGAAAGAUGUUUCUACCUCAGGUGAUAAAGUCUGCUCGAGUUAUGAAGAAGGCAGUUGGCCACCUCAUUCCCUUCAUGGAAAAAGAAAGAGAGGAAAGAAGAGCUAAAUCUGGCAGCAUAGAAGAAGAGGACCCUUACCAUGGCACAAUAGUGCUAGCUACCGUAAAAGGAGACGUACAUGAUAUUGGCAAGAACAUUGUGGGAGUGGUAUUGGGCUGCAACAAUUUCAGAGUUAUCGAUUUAGGAGUCAUGACUCCGUGUGAUAAAAUACUGAGAGCUGCUAUUGAAAACAAAGCAGACAUAAUUGGCCUGUCUGGUCUUAUCACACCUUCUUUGGAUGAAAUGAUAUUUGUUGCCAAGGAAAUGGAGAGAUUAGAGAUAAAGAUUCCUUUGCUGAUUGGAGGAGCAACUACUUCUAAAACACAUACAGCUGUGAAAAUUGCCCCUCGGUACAGUGCACCAGUCAUUCAUGUCCUGGAUGCAUCCAAGAGUGUGGUGGUUUGCUCUCAGCUUUUAGAUGAAAACCUAAGAGAUGAUUUCUUUGAAGAAAUAAUAGAGGAGUAUGAAGACAUCAGACAGGACCACUAUGAGUCUCUCAAGGAAAGAAGGUAUUUGUCAUUAGAGCAAGCCAGGAGAAAAGGUUUCCAUAAUGACUGGCUGUCAGACUGUAAACCAGUUAAACCUAAAUUCUUUGGCACUCAAGUUUUUGAAAAUUAUGAUCUGGAGAGGCUGAUGGAAUACAUUGACUGGAAGCCUUUUUUUGAUGUCUGGCAACUGCGAGGCAAAUAUCCCAACAGAGGGUUUCCUAAAAUUUUUAACGAUAAAGCAGUGGGAGAAGAAGCCAAAAGAGUUUAUAAUGAUGCUCAAAACCUACUAAAAACUUUGAUUCGGCAAAAGAAAUUGCAAGCCAAGGGCCUGGUUGGGUUCUGGCCAGCGCAGAGUGUUCAAGAUGACAUUCAUUUAUACACAACGGAAGAGGCAUUGCGGUCUGCAGAACCAAUAGCUACAUUUUACGGCUUAAGGCAACAGGCCGAAAAGGACUCUGCCUGCACAGACCCAUAUCACUGCCUCUCAGACUUCAUAGCCCCCUUAGACUCUGGUGUUUGUGACUAUUUAGGCCUGUUUGCUGUGGCCUGCUUUGGGGUAGACAAUCUGUGCAAGCAAUAUGAGAAACAGUGUGAUGACUACAAUAGCAUAAUGGUGAAAGCACUGGGAGACCGGAUAGCAGAGGCAUUUGCAGAGGAGCUCCAUGAAAAGGUCCGAAAAGAAUUCUGGGCUUAUUGCAACAAUGAACAGCUGGAUAUUUCAGACUUGCGCAGGAUUAGAUAUGAUGGAAUUCGUCCAGCACCUGGGUACCCAAGUCAGCCAGACCACACUGAAAAACUCACCAUGUGGAAACUUGCUAACAUUGAAGAGGCAACAGGUAUUCAGUUAACUGAAUCACUAGCAAUGACACCUGCCUCUGCAGUUUCAGGUCUCUACUUCUCCAACCCCAAAUCCAAAUACUUCGCUGUUGGUAAAAUAUGUAAGGAUCAGGUUGAAGAUUAUGCACAGAGAAAAAAUAUGCCAGUGGCUGAGGUUGAGAAAUGGCUGGGGCCUAUUCUGGCAUAUGAUUUGGAAUAAGUGUUUGUGGGAUGCUAGGAACAAGCAUCAGCCUUGCUCUUUCCAGUUUCUUCUCCAAAAAAUAGAACAGAGCUGGACUUAGAGUCUUGUACUUUGCAUCAGUUGCAUCGAUCAGCUCUCAGGGGGCGUUGGAAACUAUUCACUUUGUAGUAUCAGCCACUUACAAAAUCAAAAAACCUCACCACAUUUUUGUCUGAUUGUUUGUUAAUUGUUGGCAAAAUAGUUUUGUAUAUAAAUAUGCCUUUUGUCAAGGGAAUAGUGUUGAAAUCCUCUACAGAUCUCAACUAUAAUUGUGCAUUUCUGUACCCAGAUACUAUAACUGGGCUAGAUAUAAAGUCAGAUGUAUGGUUUUCUUUUCAGUGGUGGAGGCUUUUUGAUAACUGGCUCACACUUUAAUAAUCUUGGAACAAAUAGUUGCACUGAAGCAUCCCAUUGACUAGGUAAAAUAGUGCAGAAUUUGGUUUCAGGUCUUUAAAUGGCAUGUAUAUCAGCAAGCCAAAAGACACGAAAAUAGCAUAAAAGAAUGUCUCAUAAGUAAAGGGGAGUUCACUUACUAGGUAAGGAACAGCUUGGGAAACCAGGCCCCAUGCUCAUGUAGCUGUGCUGUUGUAGCAAAAAGAAAGUUGUAAUACUAAUACUAUUUUAAUUAUUUUUGCUGCAUCUACUAAAGUAAUGUGGUUUUCUGAAACAAUCUCAGUAAUAUUGUAUUAUCCUCAAGAAUUAAAUGGUUUGAGCACAGAACUGGAAGUCUUGAAUACUCCCAGCUCUGACAGGUCUUCUUUGUCUUUGGGCUAAACAGGUAAUCUGUCUGACUCAUUUGUAGCUGUAAAAUGGGGAUAAUCUAUCCUACCUCACAGGUGUGUAUUAUGAAACUUAGUUGUUGUUUGUACACCACUUUUGCAGAUGAAAAUAGAUAUUUACUUUAAUAUGUGUUACCUACAGGCAAAUCUUUGGGUGCCUGAUUUUUAAAGCUAUGGUUGUAAUAUGUUUGCUUACUCAUCCUGAAGAAAAGGUCUCUGGGAAAUAGCUGCUAUGUUUUUUUCACCCAGUUGCUGCUUUUUAAGCGAAAACAUCAUGUUGGAAAAUCUGUUACCUGGUAGAAUUUUGCAUCAAAUUACUGUGCUUGGUCAUCUGAUCUGAAUGUAAGCAAGAGGUAAUGCUGCAAGUUUAGUCUAAAUAAAUAUUUUAUUUUGAGUAAAUUCACUGUUUGUAAA